UUGAAAUUCUUAAUUUUCCAAGGAUAAAAUCGAAAAUCCAAGAGAAAUUAAUGGAUGAUUUCCAUUGCUUUUGGGUUAAUUGGUUUCCCCGCGUGCUGUGUAUCACAACAAAAGAAGACGGAUUUAUUUUGUUGAAAGAACGAAAAAAAAGCUUCUCUAAAGUUUUAUUUAAUUCACAAUAAAAUGGAUAUAAGUGGAGAAACUAAUGAUGAAGGUAAUUCUAAGGAACAAGGUGAAGAAGCAGCCCAAAAACAUGUGAUUGAAGCGAUUGAAGAAAACCAAACACUGGAAAGAAGUGCUGUUAAUUCUCUAGCUCUUCUGGCCGCCUACAACUCAUCAUCGGACAGUGAAAGCGAUUCUGAAUCAUCAUCCUCAUCUUCCACAUCUUCAUCAAGUUCCAGCAGUGAACCAGAAGUAGAGGAGGAAGUUGUUGUUAACAAAGCCAAAAUCUACAGAGAUGAUCAACAUGAGGAAUCCGGAGAUUCCGGAAGUGAAGGUUUCUCUUCUGAUGAAAACGAAAAGAUGAAGUCACCAUCUCAGCGACCAGCAUCGCGUCAAAGGGGUGUCAAGGCCAAAGGUGAAUUGGAUUUGAGUGACUUGCCACCCAUUGAGGAUCUCCAUAUUUCUGUCCAGGAGAAUGAAUGCCUCCACCUGGGACAGAUCAUGUCAAUUGUUGAGCAAAUGGUGCUGGUUGAAUCGAAACGAGGAAAUGUUAUUUUGGAUUUAGACACUGUUCUUUUUGUUGAUCGAGGCCAGAAGAUUCUGGGCAAAAUCUUCGAUGUCUUGGGCCCAAUAGAUCAACCAAUCUACUGCGUUCGUUUCAAUUCCUCCGGCCAGAUUGCCGAGAAGAAUAUCACAGUGGGCAUGGAGGUUUUUUGGGUGUCAAAGCCCGAACACUCUUCAAUCGUUGUGGUGCCCAAUUUGAUGCAACAAAAGGGCUCUGACGCCAGCUGGGAACACGACGUUGAACCACCGGAGGGAUGCUUGGACUACUCUGAUGAUGAACAAGAACGCAAUAGUCGACGAACACGGCGGCAGCAGCAGCAACAACAGCGAAGACCAAAUGAAAUUCCGAGGCAACGACAAGCUCCCAGGGGCCAGAGGCGUCCCAAUAUGUCAUACAGGACACAACCGCCAACUAUGCAGUUUCCCAGUCAGCACUGGUAUCAAUAUCCACCGCCCACUUUACCUACAUGGGGACCUGUUGGGCCUGUAUAUGUCAAUCCUUUCGCUUAUCAAACUCCGGUCAUCCCAUUCAUGCAACCCCCGCCACCACCGCCGCCCCCAACUCACAUGCCCGUUGUUAAAAUGGAACACGAAGAACCUGCACCACCGGGAUGCAAUUAAAGAAGCUGAUUUCUCUUAGGAUUAAGAAAUUAUAUAGAAAAUUCAGUUAAUUUUCUGAAAUUUAAAAAAUAAAUAUAAAUAAAAAAUUCUCAA